AUGGUAAGCAAAAGCAAUUCCACGGCAUUAUGCAGGUUCUGGGCGCCAUCACCUUCUGCUCUGCAUCCGCUGCCUAGUUUUCACUUACCAGACUUGUUCGUAUUUCGCAAACUAACUGGCUAUCGAGAAUCCGCUAAUUUAGUGUCUUUGCAGUUCAUCAGCAGAAAUUGCUAUCCUGGAACUAAACAUAACUCUCAGACGCCUGUUUCCGCCCCAGUGGAACGCAGGAUCGCUGCGAACGCCGCCGUGAAGACAGCGCGCUUCGUGAGUAUAUUUUGGUGGGGCAUAUUCGCUUUAGUUAAUUUAAAAUGGGCGCGCCACCAGAAGGGCCUAAGUGUACUUAACCAAAUGGCGCGCCCCGAUGGCAUAGGGUCCAGGCGCACUUCAAUAUUGCAGACGCGCUGCUGCAGAGCACGCCGGUGCUAUUAA